AUGCAAGCAUCCACUGACAGACGGGUGGCUGUUGCACAUGGGUGCGUUGGCCACAAGUUGAACCCAGACCUCCCCCACGUGGAAGUGUCUCUGCAGGUGGAUAUCGUUCCCAGCCAAGGGGAAAUCAGCGUUGGAGAGUCCAAAUUCUUCCUGUGCCAAGUGGCAGGGGAUGCUAAAGAUAAAGACAUCUCCUGGUUCUCCCCUAAUGGAGAAAAGCUCACCCCGAACCAGCAGCGGAUCUCAGUGGUGUGGAACGAUGAUUCUUCCUCCACCCUCACCAUCUACAACGCCAACAUCGACGACGCUGGCAUUUACAAGUGUGUGGUCACUGGUGAGGAUGGCAGUGAGUCGGAGGCCACGGUCAAUGUGAAGAUCUUCCAGAAGCUCAUGUUCAAGAAUGCUCCAACCCCACAGGAGUUCAGGGAGGGGGAAGAUGCUGUGAUUGUGUGUGAUGUGGUCAGCUCCCUCCCCCCAACCAUCAUCUGGAAGCACAAAGGCCGAGAUGUCAUCCUGAAAAAAGAUGUCCGAUUUAUAGUCCUGUCCAACAACUACCUGCAGAUCCGGGGCAUCAAGAAAACAGAUGAGGGCACUUACCGAUGUGAGGGCAGAAUCCUGGCUCGGGGGGAGAUCAACUUCAAGGACAUUCAAGUCAUUGUGAAUGUGCCACCCACCGUCCAAGCCAGGCAGAACAUAGUAAAUGCCACCGCCAACCUUGGCCAGUCGGUUACCCUGGUGUGCGAUGCUGAAGGCUUCCCAGAGCCCACUAUGAGCUGGACAAAGGAUGGGGAGCAGAUAGAAGAUGAGGAAGAUGAGAAGUACAUCUUCAGCCAUGACAGCUCUGAGCUGACCAUCAGGAAAGUGGAUAAGAACGAUGAGGCCGAGUAUGUCUGCAUUGCGGAGAACAAGGCCGGCGAGCAGGACGCGUCCAUCCACCUCAAAGUCUUUGCAAAACCCAAAAUCACUUACGUAGAGAACCAGACUGCCAUGGAGCUGGAGGAACAGGUUACUCUUACCUGUGAAGCCUCGGGAGACCCCAUUCCGUCUAUCACCUGGAGAACUUCCACCCGGAACAUCAGCAGUGAAGAAAAGGCUUCGUGGACUCGACCAGAGAAGCAAGAGACCCUGGAUGGGCACAUGGUGGUGCGCAGCCAUGCCCGCGUGUCCUCCCUGACCCUGAAAAGCAUCCAGUACACAGAUGCUGGAGAGUACAUCUGCACUGCCAGCAACACCAUCGGCCAGGAUUCCCAGUCCAUGUAUCUUGAAGUGCAAUAUGCCCCCAAGCUACAGGGCCCUGUGGCUGUGUACACUUGGGAGGGGAACCAGGUGAACAUCACCUGCGAGGUGUUUGCCUAUCCCAGUGCCACAAUCUCAUGGUUCCGAGAUGGUCAGCUGCUACCAAGCUCCAACUACAGUAAUAUCAAGAUCUACAAUACACCGUCAGCCAGCUAUCUGGAGGUGACCCCGGACUCUGAAAAUGACUUUGGAAACUACAACUGCACUGCAGUGAAUCGCAUUGGACAGGAGUCCUUGGAAUUCAUCCUUGUUCAAGCAGACACUCCAUCCUCACCAUCCAUUGACCAGGUGGAACCAUACUCUAGCACAGCCCAGGUGCAGUUUGAUGAACCAGAGGCCACAGGUGGGGUGCCCAUCCUCAAGUACAAGGCUGAGUGGAAAGCAGUGGGCGAGGAAGUGUGGCAUUUCGAGUGGUAUGAUGCCAGAGAAGCCAACAUGGAGGGCAUUGUCACCAUCAUGGGUCUGAAGCCAGAGACGACGUAUGCUGUACGGUUGGCAGCCCUCAAUGGCAAGGGGCUGGGCGAGAUCAGCGCGGCCUCCGAGUUCAAGACGCAGCCAGUCCGAGAACCCAGUGCACCGAAACUUGAGGGCCAGAUGGGAGAGGAUGGAAACUCUAUUAAGGUGAACCUGAUCAAGCAGGACGAUGGUGGCUCCCCCAUCAGACACUACCUGGUCAAGUACCGCGCGCUCUCCUCAGAGUGGAAACCAGAGAUCAGGCUCCCCUCUGGCAGUGACCACGUCAUGCUUAAGUCCCUGGACUGGAAUGCAGAGUAUGAGGUCUAUGUGGUGGCUGAGAACCAGCAGGGAAAGUCCAAGGCGGCUCAUUUUGUGUUCAGGACCUCGGCCCAGCCCACCGUCAUCCCAGCCAACGGCAGCCCCACCUCAGGCCUGAGCACUGGGGCCAUCGUGGGCAUCCUUAUUGUCAUCUUUGUACUGCUCUUGGUGGUUGUGGACAUCACCUGCUACUUCCUGAACAAGUGUGGCCUGCUCAUGUGCAUCGCUGUCAACCUGUGUGGGAAAGCCGGGCCCGGGGCCAAGGGCAAGGACAUGGAGGAGGGCAAAGCUGCCUUCUCGAAAGAUGAGUCCAAGGAGCCCAUUGUGGAGGUGCGAACUGAGGAGGAGCGGACCCCAAACCAUGAUGGAGGGAAACACACAGAACCCAACGAGACCACACCGCUGACGGAGCCCGAGCUGCCUGCUGACACCACAGCCACUGUUGAGGACAUGCUGCCUUCUGUCACCACCGUUACCACUAACUCUGACACUAUCACCGAAACCUUUGCUACUGCUCAGAACAGCCCCACCAGUGAGACCACAACCCUCACUUCCAGUAUUGCCCCUCCAGCCACGGCCAUGCCUGACUCAAACUCUGUGCCGGGCCAGGCCGCCCCCUCCAAGGGGCCUGGUGUCUCGGCCUCCUCCCCACCCCCAGCUUCGGCCCCCAAGGUUGCCCCCCUCGUUGACCUGAGCGACACCCCGGCCUCAGCUCCUGCCACUAGCAAUUUGUCUUCUAGUGUCCUGGCCAACCAGGGGGCUGUCCUCAGCCCCAGCACUCUUGCCAGUGUGGGUGAGGCCCCCAAGGCCCCUCCUGUGAGCAAGCCAGCCUCCAGCCCAGCCCCCGCCCCAGCUGGGGCAGCUAGCCCCCUAGCAGCAGCAGCUGCCACUGCCACAGAAGCCCCCCAAGGCAAGCAGGAGACUCCCAGCACCAAAGGCGAGGACCCGGAACCCACCCAGCCUGGCCGUGCGAAGAGCCCGGCCGAGGCAGCCCUGGCUAGCCCGAAGAGCGAGGCUGUCUCCAUCAGCGUCACAAACCCUUCCCAGGGCGAGGACUUUAAAAUGGACGAAGGGAACUUCAAGACCCCAGAUAUUGACCUUGCAAAGGAUGUUUUUGAAGCCCUGGGUUCUCCUGCUCCCGCCGCCAGGGCCAGUGGACAAGCCCCUGAGCUUGCUCCUUCCACUGCAGACAGCUCUGUCUCGCCUGCACCAGCCAAGACCGAGAAGGGCCCUGUAGAAGCAAAGUCGGAGUGCCAAGAGACAGAAGCGAAGCCAGCGCCGCCAGCUGAAGUCAAGACGGUCCCCAACGAUGCCACACAGACAAAGGAGAACGAGAGCAAAGCAUGAUGGGUGUUGAGCAGCAAGCAAAGAUCUAAAUAGUGACACAACAACUUCACCAGAGCAUUUCCAAUUAUCUCUCUCUCACACACACAUCAUUCCUCUAGUGUCUUUUGCCUUUAAAAAACAAAAACAAAACAGAUAAACAUGGGAUCUCCUUUUUGUAGGUUUAUAGAAAGGGUUCCUUUGUUGCACAUUGACUUGUCGGAAAAUGAGACAAAAAGGUUAAACCCACAGCCAAACUAGGACACUCCGUUCCCUGAAACCAUUUAGAAAUCAAACAAAAGGACCCCAAAUUAAGAAUCUAGGAAGCUCAGAAUAAAUCUAGGUUCAAGAAGACCACACUUGGUGUUACCCAAUUGGCAUAGAUCAGUUUCGAAAAAAUACUUCCAGGCACUAAGACAAACCGAAUGAACAAAGUCCACAGUUUAUUUUUAUACUUUCAGUCGAGUUUGAACUCUGUAAAACCUCAUAAGUAAGUUAUAAUUUCUGUUCACUUUGUAUUUGUUCAGUAUGCAAAGUGCGUCACCCUUUCUAGCUGAAUUCAAUUCCCACGUAGACUCUUGUUUUGUAGGAAGAAUGCCAAACUGCAGCUUCUGGGGGUAGAUUUCAAUUUGCAGUAUUCGGACUUCUUUUUCUUUCUCUUCUUUUUUUUUUUUUCCACACCCCCUCUUUCCAUCGAUUU